UGAAAUUAUUGCAGCUCAGCCUGUUUGUUUUGAUUGCCAUCUCCUUAAUGCCAGCCUAUUAUGGAGUGGAAAUUAUUGGAGGUCGUGAAGUUAAACGCCACUCAAAACCUUAUAUGGUAUCCAUCCAAAUAGCGAAAAAAAAUAAGUUAUAUGAACAUCUUUGUGGAGGUGCUUUGAUCAGAGAAAAUUGGGUACUAACUGCAGCGCACUGUAAGAAAGAUCUAGGACGUAAUCCUCAGGUGGUUCUCGGGGCACAUUCCCUUUCACAGGAUGAAAAGAGUCGACAAAAACUUCAUAUCAAAAGACAAAUACCCCAUCAGGAUUUUAACGGUAAAACUCCAGAAAAUGACAUCAUGCUACUGGAGCUGGAGCGUGGCGCAAAUCUCAACAAAUACGUGAAAGUGCUCAGUCUUCCUAAAGGAAAGAUCACCGAUGUGAAACCUGGAACUUCCUGCACAGUGGCAGGAUGGGGAAGAACAAGUACAUGCUCAAAAAAUGCAUCUGACACACUUCAGGAGGUGAAGCUGAAAGUAAUAGAUCGCAAAAAAUGCUCCGGCACUGAAUAUUACAAUCGUAAACUUGUAGUAACCCCGGACAUGAUCUGUGCUGGUGACAGCAAAGGCAGAGGAGAUGCAUGUCAGGGUGAUUCAGGCGGCCCUUUGAUAUGCAAGAACAAGUAUACUGGGAUUGUGUCCUAUGGAGAGGGAUGCGCAGAUCCCAAAAAGCCGGGGAUUUACACUUUCAUAACAGAGAAAUACCUUGAUUGGAUUAAAAAAAGCAUUGGUGUGGAAGCUUACAAUAUGACCGCUGAAGAGCUGUAUUGAGUAAUCAGCAUCCUGCUUCAUUCUGCUUUACUUACAAUGAUGCUCAAUUAAUUGGCUUGGAGGGCCAGCUUUCUUCUAUCCAU